AAAAUAUAUAAUGCACAAAAGUCCUCUUCUAAAAGAAAACAUAAGAUUAAACAAUAACUAGAGAUCUAACUAUUCAAGUAAAAGCAAAUAAAAAACGUCCUCUUUGGAGAAGAACUCAAAUUCCAACAGAUCCCUACUAAAUGAAAUUUAAAACUAGACUCCAAAUUAACAGAAGAAAGUCACAUCUACUUAGCCAUCUGAUCAAAAAUUGCAUAAUUGUAAUUCUACAUAUAAUACUCAGAAGGUUAAAUUCUGAAAUCGCUAAUGAAAAUAUAGAAUAGAACCAACCCUAUUUUAACUUAAUAGAAUUGCUAUGCUGGCAUAAAACUGAACUUUAAUAAUUACUUAUGUAAUAUUAUCUGCUAUUAAAAUUAGCAAAUGAAGAAAAAAGGAUAAAUACAAAUCAAUACAAUUCGUUAAAUCAAACAGUUCAACCAUCUCCUAAAGCCAAAACAAUCUCCUUAUCUACUUAUACAGUAAUCUGACUCAUUUAUUAUUAGAGUACUUAGAGUCCAGAGGUUAGAGAGAAAGAGAUGAGAUAAGAGAAAAUCACAACUUUCAAAUAGUUAAUACAAUAGACUAAGCAAAGUCUAGAAAAUAUGAAAAUAUCAGACAUAAAGCAAUCUAUAGAUAAGAUAUUUGACAAUACAAUUCAGCCAUUGCUUUAAUUGAAAGUACUGGAUUAUUAUAUUUUAAUAGAAUGAAGUCAUUAAAUAAAUUGAGAAAUGUUUAAAUGCUGAACAAUAUUAAAUCAGAUCAACCAUAGACUCUUUAAAGAAAAUGGAAGAUGACAUCUUGUCCAAUGAGUUUAAUAUCAUUGAAUACAUGACAAUGGGACCAUUCAAUGAAAUAAUGCAGAUUUAUUAGAAGAGAUUUUAAGAACAUUCCAUUUUCACUUAAUAAUUAACUUAACAAGAAUUAGUUAUACAUUAGUUUUAAAAGCUGCAUGAUAAUUUUACAUAGCAAAAUUAAUUGUUAUGUAAAUAAUUAUCAUAAUCUUUUCAAACAUAUUUAUCUUUGUUUAUUUCAUUCUAGAAUAAGGAUGAAUUUUAUGAGUUGAAGAAUAAUAACCACACUCAGCCAUCUGCUUAAAACAAUAAUUAAUACACCUAAGAGAACUUGUUUUAAACUUGUGAAACAAACAAUUCAAUCGAUGAAGAUUAAGUUAUUAUGAAGGAUCAAUAAGUAGUAAGAAUUCCAGAUAAGACAUCCUAAUUUACUUAGUUGCUCAUGUUGAAUAAUUAAAAAAAAUUGCUAUUAGCAGAAUCACCCCAAUUCAAAAAUUGA